AUUGGCUAAAAGGUGUGGGCCACAAUUAAUUUUCCAUCAACAGCGGUUUUGCACUAUUAAUUACAACAAUAGAAUUCUCAGACAUCUAUUUCCGUGAUAGGCUAUCUUGUCAGACACUAUAUGGGCGAAAAAAAUCUCUUACAACAACUUUAAUUGCCAUUAACGUGAUUUAGCCUAUGCGUUUAUUGAAUGCAUUAUUAAGAAGCUUUGCUAUGGCAGAUUCUUGAGGGGAAAAAAAUGUACUCAGUCACUUCUGAGGUCAGAAGCUUUUGUUGUGGCUUGCCGGAUUAGUUAUUUAAAGCCUCGGCCGGUGGAAAUUUCCCAUGGCGUUCCGCGCACGCUCAAUCAAAGCUUUAAUACGCAACCGAGGUAACGGAACAGAGGGGCAGAUAGAGUCAAGUACAGCAUCAUCAGACAGUAUCCGUCGGGAAUGCGACCUGCUUGCUGCCCUAACACGAUCUCUGUGGGGACCAGCACGAGCACAAUCUCAUGGAGCCAGAGUUUCAAACGAAGCAAAUCCUUCAUAUCACUGGAUAAGACGCGCGCCAGUUUGUUUCUCUACAGUGCCAUCUGUUGAGGUGCAACCUGGCUUCUCUCCGACAGUCUCCUGGGGUUACGACGGAGAGGAAAGCGCCGUACGUCCCGUCUAUUUUUCCCACAAAGCACGAGUAGUUUAUCGCCACCAGAUGGAUGGAAAUAUUAUCGAUGCCACCUGCUGACCUCUGGGCUCCUUUCCCAGAAUCCCUUGCCUUGUACCUGUAGACCUCCAGAACAGAGUAGAGGAGCAUCUACUAGACUGUUCCGUCCUUUUGUAUUUAGUAAAGAUAUCACAGUGUUUCCUCUGGUUCCUCCAUCCUCUUGCCAGACCUGGCAUUCACCUGUUCUUGUACUUACUGUGUUGAAAUGAAAUUAAAUGUUUCAAGGGAGUGCUGCAGGCCACAUGGAAUGUAAAAAAACAGGGAUUGAGUUGGAUGUUGUAAAUACAAAUGCAAUGUAUGUACAUUUUGUCAUGCAUAUCUGGUCCUGGAUGUAUGAUUUCCUGUUGUUGUUGUUGUUUUUUAGACAAACCACAAUUGGUUUUUCAGAGGUUCAUGAAUGCAUUCAGGAAAAAGAUCAAAUUUUGUACUAAUCACUGAAAUUCUAAUAUAAAAUAUAUGUUUAGUAAAUAUGA